AUGUCUGCGAUCACGGCUGCUGUCGACGACUAUGUCAGUCGUCUAAAGUGCAGAAGCGACGAGCAGCGGGUUCAAGCCGCACAGGAGCUUUCUCGUUUCGUCAGCUAUGACCUGAAAGAAGUUCCUCCUGAGGCCACUCAGCUGUUCUAUGAAAAAUUUGAUCGAGCAUUGUUCGAGCUAGCUUAUAGCCAAGAAUCUUCUGAUAUGAAAGCGGCUAUUUUCAUCAUUGUGUGUCUUGCCAAGGACGAGCGGAACGUGGACACUGCACGUCUAAUCAGGCACGCUAAUUAUCUGCGAAAUAUGCUUCCUUCGACGGAUGCAAGCGUGAUGGAAAUGGCAGCGAGGGCAGGCGGCUACAUGGCAUUGUGGUCCAGUGGAUUGUAUGCCAGCGAAUAUCUGGAUUUCGAAAUGAAGUGUGCCUUUGAAUGGCUUCAAGCAACGAAUGCAGACAAGAGUGACCUGAAGCGUCUUGCGGCGGUGUUGAUCCUUAAAGAAUUAGCAGACGUGACACCGACGUUUUUCUUUCAACACGUCUCUGCGUUCUUUGACUGUAUAUUCGGCGCCAUAAAGGAUUCCAGAGCGUCGACGCGGGAAAACGCGGUCUCUGCGCUACGAGCAGCGCUCGUAGUUACCUCACAGCGAGAAACUGAGCAGCAGCAAAAAGACUACUUUUACAAGUUAUGCUAUGAAGAGGCGCUACACUGUUUCAACGAGGCGAAGACGGCGCAGCACAUUGUCGCUGAGGACCGAAUGCACAGUGGCCUUUUGAUCGUUAACGAGCUGCUGAGAAGUGCUAACGUUGAAUGGGAGUCUCGUUUGAAUGGUAAUUAUGUUACAAGCCUAUUUAAGCCUUUAGCAAUCUCGAGCGUUCCUGCUUCUAAUCAGCGUGAUACUGAUGAUGUGAUCAGCCGCCUUGUGGCGCCUUUCAACGUUGUUCUGUUCGAAAGCAAAACGUGUCGGACACAGGUGUCCGAAAACUAUGACGAAAUAUGCAUGGGCGUUUUGAGAUGUCGCUCUGCGAAGAGCAUAUACAACAUGAAUAUCAUCCUGCAACUUAUUCCACGAUUGGUAGCGUUCAACGUUGCCGCUUUUGAUGCGAAACGCAAUGCGCAGUAUGAAGCGAGUUUGUUCAAAUUCAUAGCGUUGAUGACUAGGGCCCUGAAACAAGACGCUGAACCGCAACUGAGACACUUGAUCGAGCCAAUGCUUAGUUCGGGUCUCAGCACCAGUCUGAUAAGCGCGCUGCUCGAGAUCGCCGAAUGCAUGCCAUCGCUGAAUAUGGACAUUCAAGAUGGCCUGCUAAGACAGCUGUACCAGGUGUUGUUGCGAUGCCCCGUGCCGAGCAAACUGCUGCCUCCUCCACUGCUGGAAGCGCCACAAAUGCCGAUGACUAUUACAGAUCCGGUGCCGGUUACUCUCGCGCUGAAAGUACUGAACAGCUUCACCUUCCAGACCCAUUCGUUGGAAGUGUUUCUGAAGCAUGUUUCUGAAGGUUACCUUAACUGUGUUCACGUCGAUGUGCGCCUGGAGUCAGUCCGUUGCAUUGCGCAUAUCCUUGUUCCGUUUGUUGAAAACUUUGCCAAGGUGCGCGUGAUUCAGGAUCAUCUGCCGUUAUUACGUCUUAUUGGUGAUGUACUGACCCGGCUCGUGACUGCUGGGGUCACGGACCAAGAAAAAAUCAUUCGUCUGACCGUUCUGAAAUCGAUGUCGGAAAACGAGUUAUUUUACCCUCAUUUGGCGCAGGCUGAACUGCUACAAUUGUUGUCCUUGGCGCUGCAAGACGAGGAUUACGAGAUUCGCGAACUGGUCGUCUCCUUGGUGUGUCGUUUGAGUGGCAUCAAUCCUGCACUGGUUAUGCCUACGCUCCGAAGAGUGCUGCUUCAGAUCUACAGUGCAUUGAUGUACAGCGGCCUCAGUCGCAGUGAAGAGCAAAGCGCACGUUUAUUCACGCAGUUGGCCGGCGGCGCUCCAAAAUUCAUGAAACCUUACAUGCAGUCGGCUUACGAGAUUCUGAUUCCGAAGUUGAAGAGCUCCUCACAGAGUGACGUGGUCAUUAGCACUUUGAAUGCCAUUGGAGAACUGGCAAAUAUCGUCAGCGCUGAGCUUCCGAAACAGCUGAAGGUUUUGAUGCCGAUUUUGAUCGAAUUUCUACAAGAUUCGUCGUCCUACCAAAAACGGAAGAUGACGGUGUGGACCUUGGGCAAAAUUGUCGAAAGCACCGGUUACGUCAUGAAGCCGUUUCAGGAGUUCCCAGAGCUGCUGGGAAUACUGUUGCGCUUUUUAAAGACGGAACAAAUGCGCGAAAUAAGGCGUGAGGUUCGCCCAACAAUCAGAGUUCUGGGCUUUAUUGGCGCAUUGGAUCCAUACAAACAAAAGGUGUACAGCGGCGCAGUGGACACUGCUGCCAACAGUACUGGUUUGGCUCUAUCGAUGCCAGACGUAAAAGACAUCAAGGACCCAAAGCAAGAAAUCACGCAGUGGUUCCACUGGGAGCGUUGUUCGCUGGAAGAGUACUACCCGGCACUGGCGUUGGUGAAUCUGAUGAGUAUCCUAUCGGACGCAUCACUCAGCCAACAUCAUACGAUCGUUGUCAACGCGGCGCUUUUGAUAUUCAAGGCAUUAAACUUGAAAUGUCUGCCAUUCAUGGAUCAAGUCAUUCCAAACUUCAUCAAGGUCAUUCGUACUUCUGAUCUGAACAUGCGGAUGUUUCUGUUUCAACAACUCGGCGUCCUGACUUCUGUUGUCAAGCAACACAUAAAGCCAUAUUUGAAGGAAAUUUUUGAUCUGAUUAAGGAAUUCUGGUCGCCAGAUGCGCCGAUUCGCCUGACGAUCAUUAUGUUGGUCGAGCAGUUGGCGAUGGCUCUGGGCUCAGAGUUCAAGCCGUACGUCGCCGAAAUCAUUCCGCCAAUGUUGCGAGUUUUCGUGCACGACAGUAGCGAUGGUUUGGGCGUCACCGCAAAACUGCUCGAUGCGUUUCAGGCGACGGCGCUCGUUCUCGAGCCGUAUUUUCAUUUGAUCUUGCCGCCGAUGCUGAAACUAUUUUACCGACCGAACGUCCCUCUGAUAGUGCGAAAACUGGCCAUUGACACUGUCGAUAUACUCGGAGAAAACAUGUCACUGAGCAGUUACGCCUCGCGGAUUAUGCAAGCAGUGAUUCGUGCGCUUGAUCUGGUACCAGAGUUGCACGUAAAUGCCAUGAAUCUAAUAUGUACGUUGGUCAUUCAUAUGGGUUCUGGGUUUCUGGUGUUCCGCACAGUGGUGGACUCGGCGAUGACGCGCAAUCACAUAGUGCUUCCGCGCUAUGAAGCUCUUAUUAACAGAGUUUUACAGGGCGUCAGCGUAGACCCUCUUAAAGACGUGUAUUACCGAAAGAAGAUCAGAGAGCGCCACGAACGAAUCGUGCGUGAACAAUUAAUGGCCGAAACCGAAUUAAAAAAUGCGCCAUGCAACUAUAUGUGCUUGCAGAAGGCAUGGGACGUCAGCCGGUGUGUAUCAAAGGACGACUGGAUAGACUGGUUGAAUCGCUUCAGCAUCGAGCUACUGAAAGAAUCGCCUUUCCCGGCGCUACGUGCUUGUCACUCGGUGGCACAGAACUACUAUCCUCUGGCCAGGCGAGUCGACCUGUUCAAUCCCGCGUUUGCUUCAUGUUGGACAGAACUACCUGACAAUUACCAGAACGAACUGACGAUGUCAUUGCAGCAAGCCCUGUCAUGCGAUGGCUCACCGGAAAUCACACAGACGAUUCUAAACCUGGCUGAGUUCCUCGACCAUUCAGACAAAGGUGCGCUGCCGGUCGACAGCAAACUGCUCGGUCGCAAGGCCAUUGAAACGCGCGCAUACGCGAAAGCGCUUCGCUACGAGGAAAAUGAAUUCCUGCAUGAAGGAACUCCAGAAAUUUUGGAGUCACUCAUUAGCAUCAAUAAUAUGCUACAAUUGCAAGAAGCGUCGAUUGGCGUCGUCGAGUAUGCCCGCAAAAAAGAUAUAAAAGUUUCAAUCAAAGAACGGUGGUACGAAAAACUGCAUGAUUGGGAAAAAGCUUUGGAUGCAUACGAACGAAAGCAGGAAAUGAAUGCGAAUGACAUGGAGUUGACGUUGGGCAGGAUGCGCUGCCUGGAGGCUUUAGGCGACUGGUAA